AGCGCCCCGCCGUCGCAAGCCCCCUUCCAUCGCAGCUCCCAGCAUCCUCUCUCCGUCGCAAUCCACAUCCAUCGCCGUCGCAUACCUGCAAUCCAAAUCCCUCGAAAAGAUCUGUUUUGAGACUUCUCGUUGAGGAAAAUCAAAAUUCCACCACAGAUCUGGAAAAAAUUAAAAAUAUUGUCACUGCAAAUCUAGAUCUGCUCGUGACUGUAAGGAUAACGUUGCCCUUUCCCCCCGUUCAUUUAAUCGGGUCGGAACUCCGUUAUAAGAUCAAACGGUCCCAACCCAUUUUCAAUCAUCCUCCAUCCAUCUUCUUCAUUCAUCAAUUCUACCGCCAAGUUCGUUUCCGUGCCCGGAUCGGAGGAAGAUCAGACAGCUAGCUAGAUACUCUAUAGAGUGUGUAAUUAUAUGGAUAAGGGGCCAGAUCCGACUCGCCGCCGGCAACCUCACGGCUUCUACGGAGGCUGCGUGUCGCCCUCCUUCGCCGUGCCCGCGCACGAAGUGUACUCCCGGAUAAACGGCGGCGGGUGCCGGAAACAGUCCCCGUCGUCGUGGCGGAGGAUUAUUAGGAAACUAGUGAAUGACGGGAAGGGGCUGUGCAGAUCCAAGCCGGCGUCGUCGUUUCAUUACGAUGCCGCCAGUUACUCUAAGAACUUCGACGACGGGCGCCGCAGCGACGACGAGUUCCCUCGGAGACACCAGUUCUGCCGCCGGCACGUCAGAAUUAGCGAAUAAUGUAGGGAUCGGUGUAUGUAAUUAAUUAGCUACAUAAUAAUGUCAGAACAUGAACUAUCUGUUUUUGUUUUUGAAGGAAGCUGUUUUUUUCUGUGACAUUUUAAUGAGUUGUUUAACAUUCGAGGCAUGCUAGGAAUGCUAGGAUUAUACCAAAUUAGAGUAUCUCGUUUGUACAUCAGAUAAAUAUAGACACUUAGUAUCU